GUGUUAAUGAUUAUGGUGAUUAAUGCAGAACUUAAGCAAGUACAUUGAAUAUCCCCAGGAUUAAAGAGAGAAGGAAAGAAAGAAGUGUCCAGAAUUCAUUUUUAUUUUCAUUCUCUGUUUAUGUUCUUGCAAUUUGAGGCAAUGGGAUUAGAACCGUCUUCUGAUCAACUACCCAUUCGAUUGCCAGUCAAAUAUGGCAGUAGCCCACAAUCUAAUUUUCUAUUCAGAAGUCUACAUUUGAAGCCCAGUGAGCUGAAAUUCCAACCCGGGUUACGUAAAGAAAAAAUAAUUCGAUAUUGGGAUCACUGCUUCGAUCAUGACAUAGCCAUAUUUGCUAAGAAUCAUGGGCAAGGUCUUUCAUUGCUACCCAAUCUAGCAAUAGCUCUGUUUGUGUCUGUUCCAGGGCAGAUACCAAUAGAAUGGGUCCUUUCUCCAGGACUGUCUCCUCUGCUUUCUUCGCUGGAGCAAAAGAUUCUUCUAAUGGCAACUUCUGCAUUACAAUCAGAUAUCUCUUGUUUGUAAAUGUGUUUUUGAGUUCCAUUUUAGGAACUUAUGCCCAAGUUGACCAAAUUUCAAUCCUGUUGGAUAUCAAAAGGAGUCUGCAAGAUCCAAGAAAUGCCUUGUAUAAUUGGGAAAAUUUUACCACGAAUGCUUCUACUUCUGCUUCUCCUUGCCAAUGGAAUGGUAUUAGCUGCAAUGAUGCUGGUUUGGUUAAAGCUAUCACUCUGGACAACACAGGAUUAAUGGGUUCUUUUCCUUCUGACCUCUGUCGCCUCGGUACCUUACAAACUAUUCAGCUGAGUCACAAUUUUCUCCAUGGGAGCAUUGCAAAUGUGCUUUGGAGUAACUGCAGUCAGUUGGAAAUACUGAACCUCACAACCAAUGCAUUGGUGGGGUUUUUGCCUGAUUUCUCUGCACUGAGCCCGUUGCAGGUUCUGGACUUGUCGGAGAACAGUUUUUCUGGUAUAUUUCCACUUUCCAUCACAAACCUGUCUAGUUUGUAUGCAUUAAACUUGAAUGACAAUCCUCUAGAGUUAGGCCUCGUACCCAAUGAGAUAUACAGUUUAAAAAGCCUAAAAAUAAUGAGUUUGUCCAACUGUAGCAUGACUGGAACAAUUUCUCCCUCUAUAGGUAAUCUUACAGAGCUGGUAGUUCUGGAGCUUUCUUGGAACUCUUUAACAGGAACUAUACCAAAAGAAAUCACAAGGCUAGCAAAGUUGACUCAACUAGAACUGUACAACAAUAAGUUUGUAGGAGAGAUUCCUUCAGGGUUUGGGAACCUUACCUCUCUGAAGAAUUUUGAUGCCUCUAAUAAUUUUCUUAGUGGAACCCUUUCUGAGCUUGCAACCUUGAAAAACUUGGCUUCACUUCAUCUCUUAAACAACCAUAUUUCUGGAUCAAUACCCAUUGAGUUUGGGGAAUUUCAAUUUCUAAUGGAUUUAGCUCUGUACACUAACAAUCUGACAGGGCCUCUGCCCCCGAAGCUCGGGACCAUGUCUGAUUUUAUGACGUUGGAUGUAUCAGACAAUGGUCUGACUGGUUCGCUACCCCCUGAUGUAUGCAAAAGAGGAAAAUUAGUCUUCUUUCUUGCUCUCCAGAACUCUUUUACAGGAGAGAUACCGAAAUCAUAUGGUGACUGUCUGAGCCUUGUUCGCUUUCGGGUUAGCAAUAACAAUCUCAGUGGUAGGGUUCCCUCAGGUAUCUGGGGAUUGCCUCAUGCUUACAUAAUUGAUCUAAGUUACAAUAACUUUAAGGGUGAAAUGGACAGAGAAAUAAAAAAAGCAAAGAAUCUCUCUGUUUUCAAUAUCCAAAACAACAAUUUCUCAGGAAGCAUACCCUCAGAAAUCGGACAGGCAUUGCUCUUGGCUAAAUUUGAUGCAAGCAAUAAUCAGUUCUCAGGAUAUCUACCUAACGAAAUUGGAAACUUGAGCCUGCUCAGUAGCCUGCUUUUGCAGAAAAAUAUGCUUUCGGGUCCAAUACCAAUUUCAUUAGGGUUAUGCAAGAAUCUUUCUCAAAUUGACCUCGCAGAAAAUAAGCUGAAUGGCCGUAUUCCGGCAUCAUUGGGAUCCAUUCAAGUUCUCAAUUCUCUGAAUCUAUCGAAUAAUCAACUCAGCGGCCCGAUUCCAAAUACCCUUUCUGCAUUGCAGCUCAGCUUACUAGAUUUCUCCAACAAUCGGUUGACAGGGCCGGUUCCAAUUCAGCUGAUGAACCUGGCAAACAACAAUAGCUUUUCUGGGAACAAUGGACUUUGUCAAAUUCAAGGCACAUCAAGGUACCUGAGGCUUUGUGCUUCUUCUUCUUCUAGAAGCAAACACCAUACCAGAAUCCUCCUUGCAGGUUUUAUAUCUGCAGCUGCAGUGGUCGUUCUCCUGAUAGGCUGGGCUUUGAACAAAAGAAAUCAAAAAACCCAUGAGGAAUCCCCAUCUUGGGAUCUCAAGUCCUUUCACAGGCAUACAUUCACUGUUGAAGACAUUCUUCCUUGCUUAAAACAGGAGAACCUCAUAGGCAGCGGUGGAUCAGGGAAAGUGUACAGAGGAGAACUAAGCACUGGGGAAAUCAUUGCAGUAAAGCAGCUCUGGAUCAACAACAACAACACCCAACUGAAUCACAUGAUAGAAGCAGCACCCCCACCCAGAAACCGCCAAUUCGAGAUGGAGGUUGAAACCCUAGGCUCCAUCAGACAUAAGAACAUAGUGAAGCUGUAUUGCUGCUUAUCAAACAGAGGCUCAGAUCUGCUUGUAUACGAAUACAUGAGAAACGGCAGUUUGUGGAGCAGAUUGUACGAGGCUCAUACGGAUUCAAUUUUAGAUUGGCAGGCACGGUAUAAAAUAGCACUGGGAACAGCUCAGGGACUAACCUAUCUACAUCAUGACUGUGUUCCUGCCAUUCUUCACAGAGACAUCAAAUCCAGUAAUAUAUUGUUGGAUGAAGACUUGGAGCCAUGUUUAGCUGAUUUUGGCGUUGCUAAAUGUCUUCGAAUCUGUGGAGGGGUAGACUCUACAGCCAUCAUAGCAGGCACCCAUGGCUACAUUGCUCCAGAAUAUGCAUACACAUAUAAGGUGAGCGAGAAGAGCGAUGUGUACAGCUUUGGUGUGGUGCUGAUGGAGCUUGUGACAGGAAAACGCCCCAUGGAAGCUGAAUAUGGAGUAAAUAAGGGAAUUGUUCAUUGGGUUUCUCGCCAAAUUGCUACCAGAAAAGGUGCCUUGGAAACGCUUGAUGCGAGAAUCUCUGAUUCUUGUCAGGAGGACAUGAUGAAGGUGCUUAAAAUUGCAGUGUUGUGCACCACCAAUCUCCCUGCCCUGCGGCCUUGUAUGCGACAAGUAGUGCAAAUGUUGUCUGAAGUCCCAUUCCAGACCAAAGUAAUUGUGGAUAUUGGUAAAUUCUAAAUAUUGUUUAUCCCCUGAUUUCAGCCAUCCCUAUUUUACUUCAGAGUGGCUGACCAUUUGCCUUACUGUUCAGUGUUCCAAGAUUGUUUUAACUUAUUUUCAGCGUAUCUUUUCAAAUUUUCUCCAUUUCUGAAGGAGAUUUCUUUUCUUUAUAUGUUUUGCUGCUGUUGUAACUGCUGUAUUGCAGUUGCUGUUAUGGGUUCUGAUUAUGAGGUCAAUAGAAUGCACAGGUCUUAUAGUAUAUUUAUAAAUUUAGAAUUAUAAAUAGAUUAUGAGACUCUGCAUUCUAUGGGCCCUAUAGACGGCGUCUUUGUUAUGUAAGAGAAUUUUUUUUUUAAAAGUACAGCAGAUCACUUUGAGUCA